AUGACUAGUAUACUAGUGUGUGUGUGUGUGUCAGGUCUGUUGAAGGCAGCCAUCCGUGACCCGGACCCCGUAGUGUUCCUAGAGGAUGAGAUCGUGUACGGAGUGCCCUUCCCCAUGUCCGACGAAGCUAUGUCUCCUGACUUUGUACUACCUAUUGGUAAAGCAAAGGUGGAGAGAGCCGGAGAUCAUAUAACUAUAGUGUGUGCGGGGAAGGCGACCCACACGGCGCUAGAGGCGGCCAACGAAUUGGCCGGGAAAGGUAUCGAGUGUGAGGUCAUCAACCUUCGGUCCAUCCGUCCUCUAGAUUUCGAGACCAUCGCUCAGUCACUAUCAAAGACACACCACCUCAUCACUUUGGAGCAAGGCUGGCCGCAGUCUGGUGUAGGAGCGGAGAUCUGUGCCCGUGUGAUGGAGUCUCCGUCGUUCUUCGAGCUGGACGCGCCCGUGUGGCGUGUGACGGGCGCGGACGUGCCCAUGCCGUACGCGAGGAGUUUGGAGGCGCUCGCACUGCCGCAGAGAGGGGACGUGGUCGCCGCUGUGGCCGCUGUACUGGGGAACAGGUACACACACACAGAGAGAGAGAGAGAGAAAAAUGAUAUAGAGCAUGCCAUAUAUACAUUAUACAUCCUUGUAAAGUUCACUAAAGAUCAAAGACAUACAUGCACACUCACUCACAUGCACACGCACACACACAGAGAGAGAUAUAGAACAUAG